GGGCAUUUUAGCCAGUCCCUCUCAUAGCCAACAUUGCUGCAUUGAUUGCAAGUCGGACAAUGACAACAGCAACAUUUUCAUGCAUAAAACAAUCAACAGCACUUGGUUGUUUUCCUCGUCUCAAAAUUAUUCACACAUCACGGAAGUUCAUGGGUCAGAUAUAUGUUCCGGUCAUAAAUUGGUUUCUGCUGGUCUUCUGCUUGGCAUUUGUUGCCACCUUUGGAAGCAUAACUGACAUUGGCAAUGCAUAUGGCACUGCAGAACUUGGAAUAAUGAUGAUGACAACAAUUCUAGUAACCAUCAUUAUGCUUCUAAUAUGGCAGAUUAACAUCUUCAUAGUGCUUUUGUUUGUCAUAUUCUUUCUGGGGCUGGAAUUAGUUUUCUUCACUUCUGUUUUGGGUAGUGCGGAGGCUGGAAGUUGGGUUUUGUUGAUUUUUGCAGCAAUAUUGUUUAUGAUAAUGUACAUAUGGACUUAUGGGAGCAAGCUAAAGUAUGAAUCUGAAGUUAAACAGAAGCUUUCAAUGGAUCUGAUGAUGGAGUUGGGCUGCAACCUUGGUUCCAUUAGAGCCCCUGGUAUUAGCUUAGUUUACAAUGAGUUAGUGAAAGGAAUUCCAGCAAUAUUUGGACACUUUCUGACCACCCUUCCAGCAAUCCACUCUAUGAUCAUAUUUGUGUGCAUAAAAUAUGUGCCAGUUCCUGUAGUUCCUCAGAGCGAAAGGUUUCUCUUCCGGCGUGUCUGCCCAAAGAGCUAUCACAUGUUUCGUUGCAUCGCUAGGUAUGUCGUAUCCCAGUGUUUUGGACAUGGACAUGACUUAAUUUUGUUGGAGCAUUAGUUUGUGAAAACAUAAGGUUAUUUGGAGACAAGGUCAUGCUUAUUGAUGUGGUCAUAUUCUGAAAAUGAUAAU